CCAUGCCAAUACCAGUCUUUGGGCUACAGGAUGAUUCCAAGGUCUUUAAGGAGGGGAGUUGCUUACUCGCCGAUGACAACUUUGUCCUGAUUGGCUCUUUUGUGUCAUUUUUCAUUCCCUUAACCAUCAUGGUGAUCACCUACUUUCUAACUAUCAAGUCACUCCAGAAAGAAGCUAUUUUGUGUGUGAGUGAUGUUGGCACACGGGCCAAAUUAGCUUCUUUCAGCUUCCUCCCUCCGAGUUCCCUGUCUUCAGAAAAGCUCUUCCAGAGGUCGAUCCACAGGGAGCCGGGGUCCUACGCAGGCAGGAGGACUAUGCAGUCCAUCAGCAAUGAGCAAAAAGCAUGCAAGGUGCUAGGCAUCGUCUUCUUUCUGUUUGUGGUGAUGUGGUGUCCCUUCUUCAUCACGAACAUAAUGGCCGUCAUCUGCAAAGAGUCCUGCAACGAGGAUGUCAUCGGAGCCUUGCUUAAUGUGUUCGUUUGGAUCGGUUACCUCUCCUCAGCGGUCAACCCACUAGUCUACACACUGUUCAAUAAGACCUAUAGGUCGGCCUUUUCACGGUAUAUUCAGUGUCAGUACAAGGAGAACAAAAAACCAUUGCAGUUAAUUUUAGUGAACACUAUACCGGCUUUGGCCUACAAGUCUAGUCAACUCCAAAUGGGGCAAAAAAAGAAUUCAAAGAAAGAUGCCAAGACAGCAGACGAUGACUGCUCUAUGGUUGCUCUAGGAAAGCAACAUGCAGAAGAUGCCUCGACAGACAAUAUCAACACAGUGAACGAAAAGGUUAGCUGCGUGUGAUAGGCUAGUUGCCAUGGCAACUGUGGAGGGUGCACAGAGUGAGUUUUCACCUAUCUGGGAAAAAAUAAAAUAAAAUAAGAAGAAUGGAAAAAAUUAGGCCAGUCUAGUGGAACCAACAAUAAUGUCUAUAUGCCUCAUUUUAUUCUGUCAAUGAAAAGCAGGGUUAAAUGCCACAAAAUGUGCACUUCGAAAAUGUUCUGCCAGCAUUUCAGCUGUGAGCUUUAUGGUAAUUAUUUUUAACAUUGUAAAUGAUAUGUCUUUAAAAUGAUUAGCUUUUAUUGUGUAAUGAUGAGGCCCUAAAUAAAUCUCAAUUAAUUUCUAUUUUCAAAUGGAAACUUUGCCUUGCUACUAUGUUGCUAAUUGACGGCAUGGGAU